CAUCGCUCUCAGUGCCAAGAACAAACUUGGGUUCAUUGAUGGAUCAAUCAAGUGCCCAGCAAUUACUAACGCCAAGUUUUCAAUUUGGCAGAGAUGCAAUGACAUGGUCUUGUCAUGGAUUUGGCAAUCUGUGCAAGGCAACAUCGCACGCAGCAUACUUUACUGCAAAUCUGCAUCUGCAGCGUGGAAGGAUCUUGAGGAUCGAUUCUCACAAGGAAACGAUUCCAGGAUCUACCAAAUCCGACAGGAAAUCGUCGAACACCGACAAGGACAACUAUCUAUUUCAGACUAUUACACCCAGUUAAAGGCUCUUUGGGAUGAACUGGCUUCGUAUUAUGAACCAAUUACCUGCGAUUGUGAUGGAUCCAAGACUCGUGUAGCAAGGGAGGAGAAGAGAAGGUCAUGCAAUUUUUAAUGGGCUUGAACGAGACUUACUCCACCAUACGAGGUUCUAUCUUAAUGAUGAAUCCGCUUCCUGAUACGCGACGUGUCCACGGGUUGGUUCUGCAACACGAACGCCAAAUGGAUGUGGCUAAUCAUCGUGAACCUGCUGCCCAUGCGAUGCAAACACAUCGGUCCACAACACCAAAAGGAGGGUCUGUACCUGGUAGCUCCAGUUCACGGAAAGCAUCCAAAUGCAGCUACUGUGAAGGCUCACAUUCCGUAGAGCGGUGUUAUUUUCUUAUCGGGUUUCCCGAAGGUCAUAAGUGGCAUGGGAAGCAUGUGCUGCCCAGAAACAAACGCCCAAAUCCGACAGCCCACAAUGUCGAAGCAUCUCCAUCACACGCCAUCCAUCCAGAAGCAACCAAGGCCACAUCUUCCCACGGCCCAACAUUCACAACCGAAGAGUACCAUCAACUUCUUGCCUUGCUUCGCUCUGGAAACGGUAAAAUUACACCACUUGCGAAUGCAACAGGACAUGGAUACGAAGAGGACGAUUGGCCUGGGCAAGCAAUUUAAUGGGCUCUAUUACCUUACGCCAAGCCAAAAUCCCCAUCUUACCAACCAUGUUAGUCGCACCACCAGUCUAUGGCAUCAACGCUUGGGCCACCCAUCUACACACCCUUUACAUUUUUUGUCAAAAACAAAUCCCGAAAUAAUGUUUGAUUCCAAACAUGUUUGUGAAGUUUGCCCUUUGGCAAAACAAACUCGAUUGUCUUUUGCUUCUAGUUCAAUUCAAUCCACUGCACCUUUUGACUUAA